AGCACCUAAAGCGCUUGAAGUCCUUCUCUUUCAUUUCCUUGUCUCUGGUGUGUUCUUCUUUUGUUUCUUUUUCUUUCUUCAUUUCUUUAGUUUCGCUAUUGAUUUCAGCCUUCCACGCUGCGAAGUACGAACUCCUCACUGGGGUGUUACUCCGCCGUCUCGUUCAAGUGUACCUUCCCUUUUCAUUUUUUUUCUCGCUCGCUCUCUCCCGCACUUUUCGCACGGGAGCCCUUCUGCAGUCUCGCCGUACAGUCGAGUGUAUACAUAUAUAUAUAUAAAGGAUCUCUCCCUCUCUCCCUCUCUCUUUAAACGUGGGCCGCGCACCCGAACCCUACUCGUGCGUUGUGUGUCACUUGCCGGUUUCUUCCUUCGAUUCUCUGACAAAAAAAAAACCCACAAAAAAAAACAAAAACCCAUAAAUUUAGACUUGAAGGGCAAAUCAGCGCAUCCCCUUCCUUCUCUUCUGAAAAAAAAAUCUUCGCUUUAGUUAGAUUGCCUCCGCAUACGCCAUUUUCCUUUGCUGGUAGUCACUGCCUUUGCAGCCUCAAGUGGAAAUCCGAAGACGAAGCACUAAAGAAGGUGUGCUUGCCGAUACACGUAUUUCUCACUGCACGUAAGAAAACGUUGUCACAGCGCACAGCCAUGUCGCUCGACGUUCGCAGCGGCUUUUCCAACCGCACCCUCUUCGUGACGGGUGGCACGGGCUUCGUCGGCAAGGUGUUGCUCUACAAGUUGCUGAAGGAGACUCCCGAUGUGAAGCGGGUGUAUUUGCUCAUGCGCGGCAAGCGCUCCCGUCGCCUGAAGAAGUACCUCAAUGCGCAGGAGCGGCUGGACAUGGAGGUGCUCGGCUCGCCGUGCUUUGAGCCACUGCGGCAGCAACUCGGAGAUGCGAAAUGGCGCGAGUUGUGCCAGAAGAUGAAGGCGAUGGAGGGCGACAUCACGUUCGACCACAUUGGCCUGUCGGAGCAGAACCGCGCCACUCUGGCGAGCGAGGCGAACUUCAUCGUGCACCUCGCCGCCACCGUGAACUUCAACGAGCGGCUGGACCUGGCGGUGCAGAUGAACACCCUCGGUGGGCUGCGCGUGCUGGCCUUGGCGAAGACGUGCCGCCACCUCGAGGCGAUGGUGCAUGUCUCCACGUGCUACGUCAACUACCGCCGCUACGGCCACGACCAGGUGAACGAGGAGCGGCUGUACCCGCUCGAGUUUGACCCGGAGGAUAUGUGCAAGCGUGUGCUCGCGAUGAGCGAGGGGGAGAUUAAGACAGAGGCGGCGAAGCUGCUCAAGUCACUGAAGUUCCCCAACACGUACACCUUCACCAAGUGCAUUGGCGAGCAGCUCGUGUACAAGUACAAGGAGCACGUGCCAGUGGUGGUGGUCCGGCCGUCGAUCAUCGGCUGCAGCCUGCGGGACCCCUUUCCGGGCUGGGCGGACGCGCUGACGGCGGCGGGCGGGCUGCUGCUCACCGUCUCCCUCGGCGUCGUGCGCGAGGUGCUCGUGAACCGGGACAUGAUCGCGGAUGUGGUGCCGGUGGAUCAGGUCGUCAACGUCGUCCUCAAGGCACUGUUCAAGACGCAGCAGCACUACAAGGCACGCCGCCUGCGCGAGGCCGCAGUGGAAGGGGCACAGCCCAGCGCUCCUGCUGUGGCUGCUGUGGCUGCCAAAGCGUCGACGAAGGCGGUGUUGCCCGUGAGCGCGGAGGCACUGACCGUCACGGCGGACGCGAAGUCAGGCGCUGGUGCCGGCAACGUCGAGACGACGCACGCGACGACCACCACCGCUGAGGCCGAGGGCGACCUCGCAGAAGCCCGCGCCACGGAGGAGUUGACCACGGAGGCGGAUGAGGGUCUGCCCUUCAUCUACCAGGCCAGCACCACGGGCUCAGGGAACACGACAACGUGGGGCCGUGUCGAGGCCGCCUUGGAGGACUUCAUGCGCGGCAAGCGCCAUCCCAAGUCCCUCUCACAGAUGAACCUGACCAUGACCACCAGCGUCCCCUACUACCAGCUCCGCUACUACGCCCUGCGCUACAUGCCCUUCCUGCUGAUUAAGGCAGCCUUCAAGCUGCCUGCGCCGAUCGGCUCGCCGAAGAAGCAGGAGCUGGUGAACAGGCUUGGCCGCGCCGUGCGCCGCGCUGAUCUGCUGACGUGGGAGUUCAUUGACUUCACCCUGCAUGAGUGGGUGUACGCCAACACGAACUCACGUCACCUCGACGACGGACUGAAUGAGUACAGCCGCCAGUGCUACAGCUUCGACCCCUACGCGAUCAACUGGUACGCCUACACGCACCUGUACACCUACGGCAUGUUCAAGUACAUCCUGCGUGAGGUGGGCGACUUCAAGCCGCCGAAGCUGCCUCCGUCCGCCACGGAGGUGUUUGAGCGUGCCUCCUCCUUGUAA